CGUAAUUCAACUUCCGCUAGCAUUAGCGGCCGGUGUUUGUUGACAGCAACGCCGCUUAGCAUAUCCUCUUCUGUGUGUUAGUUUCAUUGUCUUUUCGGGGCAAAAUGGCAUCAUCUAACUCAUACAAACUCAGGUGCUCCAUCCCGGGCCACGAAAUGGACGUUAGAGGACUCGCAUCUGCUGUUUUCCCAGAGGGAGCUUUCGUAUCUGUGUCCAGAGACCGAACCGGAAGAGUCUGGGUACCAAACUCAAGCCCAGACCGAGGCUUCACAGAGAUGCAUUGUAUGUCUGGCCACUCAAAUUUUGUAUCCUGCGUAUGCAUCAUUGCGCCCAGUGACACAUAUCCCCGAGGACUUAUCGCCACAGGUGGAAAUGAUAAUAACAUUUGUGUUUUCACAAUGGACCGACCUCAGCCCCUAUUCAUCCUCAAGGGUCACAAAAAUACAGUUUGCACUCUGUCUUCUGGGAAGUUUGGGACACUUUUGAGCGGCUCCUGGGACACCACCGCCAAAGUCUGGCUCAAUGAGAAGUGCAUGAUGACUUUGGAGGGCCACUCUGCAGCUGUGUGGGCAGUGGUCAUCUUACCCGAACAAGGUCUUAUGCUCUCUGGAUCAGCGGAUAAGACCAUCAAGCUUUGGAAAGCUGGCCGGUGUGAGAAGACGUUUACAGGCCAUGAGGACUGUGUACGGGGUCUAGCAGUGAUCAGCAACACUGAGUUCUUCUCUUGCAGUAAUGACACUAGUAUCAGAAGGUGGCUGGUAACAGGCGAAUGUGUACAAGUCUAUUACAGCCACACCAACUACAUCUACAGCGUGGCUGUCUUCCCUAAUAGCCAAGAUUUCAUAAGCACAGGAGAGGACAGGACCUUGAGGAUAUGGAAGCAGGGAGAGUGCACUCAGACCAUCCGCCUGCCUGCCCAGUCUGUCUGGUGCUGCUGUAUUCUGCCUAAUGGUGAUAUAGCCAUUGGAGCCAGCGAUGGCAUUAUCCGCGUGUUUACGGAGGCUGAGGACCGCAUGGCGAGCGCAGAGGACCUGCAGGCUUUUGAGGAUGAACUCUCCAAAACCACCAUAGACCCUAAGACAGGCGACCUUGGAGACAUCAAAAUAGAGGACCUUCCUGGAAGAGAGCACCUUAAUGAGCCUGGGAAUCGUGACGGACAGACGCGGCUGAUUAAAGAUGGACAGAAGGUGGAGGCAUAUCAGUGGAGUGUCAGUGAUGGCCGCUGGAUGAAGAUCGGAGAUGUGGUCGGAGGCUCAAACGAACAGACCUCCAAGAGCGUGAUGUAUGAAGGAAAGGAAUACGACUACGUCUUCACCAUUGACGUGAAUGAGGGGGGGCCGUCCAUGAAACUGCCUUACAAUGUGGCAGAGGACCCCUGGUUGACUGCGCACAACUUCUUGCAGAAGAACGACCUCAGCCCCAUGUUCCUCGACCAGGUUGCCAAUUUUAUAAUAGAGAACACCAAAGGACAUGUGGUGGGACCAGCCCAGCCUGCUGGUGGUGACCCAUUCACCGGUGGAGCUCGGUACAUCCCCGGGGCUUCUGAUGGGCCAGGCUUUGGAGCUGAUCCCUUCACAGGCUCCGGUCGCUACAUCCCAGGGUCGGGUCCAAACCCAAGUGCUCCUGUAGGUGUGGCAGAUCCCUUCACAGGAGGAGGUGCUUACUCCUCAGCAGCCCUCAGACAGACGGCAACCAACAUCUACUUCCCCAAGACGGAUGGUGUGACCUUUGAGCAAGCCAGUGUCCCGCAGAUCAUUGCCAAGCUGAAGGAGCUGAAUGGAGGGGCCCCUCAAGAGCACAAGCUUUCCGAAGAAAUUCUGGAAAGCCUUGAGAGGCUGCUGGUGUCUGUCUCUGAGGCCACCACCCCCAAGCCUCCCCCAACCAUCCAACAGGUCAACCUGCUCUGGAAGGCCUCUCACUGGCCUGAAGAUAUUGUGUUUCCUGUCCUGGACAUUAUGAGGCUGGCAGUGCGCCACCCACUGGUGAAUGAGAGCCUCUGUGGAGAGGCAGAGGGAGUCCAGCUGUGCAACCACCUGCUGAGCCUGAUGAGGCCCGAGGGGCGUCCUGCCAACCAGAUGCUGGCGCUGCGGACUCUGUGUAACUGCUUUAGUGGCAGGCACGGCCGAGCCCUCCUCCUGGCCCAGCGUGAAACGGUGCUAUCACGUGCUGCCGACCUGGCCACCGUCUGCAAUAAGAACAUCCACAUUGCCCUGGCCACCUUGGUGCUUAACUACGCUGGCUGCCUGCACAGCCAGCCCGAUCUCGAGGCUAAGGCCCAGUGCCUGUCUGUGGCCAGUAGAGCUCUCGAGACGGUACAAGACAAGGAGGCCGUGUUUAGGCUGCUAGUGGCCUUGGGAACCACUGUGGCUUCAGACCAGACAGCCCAGGACCUGGCUCGCUCCCUGGGGGUCAACUCUCAGAUUUCCAAGUACUCAUCAGUGUCUGAUCCAUCGAAGGUGGCUGAGUGUUGCCAGCUGGUUUUAAAAGAACUACAAUGAUGUGAAUGAUUAGAAAAAAAAGAGCACUUGUUUCUUACUAUUACUCCGUUCUGCUUAAUCAGUUGUGGUGGAGACUUAAAUAAUUGUAUGUUCUGCAAUAAAAAAGGACAAAUGAAAUCUCUGCA